GCAAGUGCACCGUGCAGGUACCUAUAAUAAUAUAACAUCGUCGCCGUGCACGCGUCGUCAUCGCGGUCGGGAAGUGGUGCCGCGGCACCGCAUUCCUCGCUCCCCGGACAGCGUGGGGCGGAGCGAGCUACAGCGAAAGACCUUGAAUGUUCACGCAGACAACCUUCACGGCGGAACCGGACCCUGUGGUACGCGCGUUGUCCGGCGAGAGCGCGCGCGCACCCGUCAAACCCAGUAGUGGGGGGUAUCGGCGGCACGCAGUCACUGACUCCGGCCGCAUCCCCCGCCCAACGGUCGGUACACGUCUCCCCCGUCGCGCCGCCGUCUUCCUUCCCCGUUGGAAAUCUGACGAUACGCACGUAUACUUACCUGCCCGCUUUUUUUUUCAUCACUACCGCAAUACUUCAAAAUAAUAUGUAUAAAAAUGUAUUUUUUCCCAGAAAAUUAUCCAUUGAAAUUUCCAAUUUCAGAACCAUUUGGUCCGCUUCCGAAAAUUUUAAAAUAAUAAUCCAAUUUGCACGUUUUUGACCGAAAUGUUGGAGGUUUUCCCCGAAACACCACACUAGCUCACAAACGCACACACCAUAAGCAAAACUCGAACUUCCAUUGCAGUGUGCAUAUUUUGUUUCUUACUCGAAUAUUAUAAUAUUUCGUACAUAAUAAUUCAUUGUAAUGUAGCCGAAAGCGGAUUUCGUACAAUACGGUAAUACAAUUUAAUUUAUAAUAUCAUUAUUCAUUAUUGUGUGGUACGCGUUUACUAACGUGCGUGAUACCGUCUUACGCACGCGCAGUACUGUCCGUACUUAAACGCAGUCACCGCCGUCUUAGCCUCCUCGUAAGUCGUAACCACUGUCGUGUGUGUGUGUGUUCCCGCCGUGAACGUGUGCGUGUGUGCGCGUACCUGUUGCUGUGCGCGCCGCAUUCCGUAACCGUUCAGCCACCGGAUCGGACGUCGGCUGUCGCCGUCACUACCAUCGUGUGUUUAGGAAAUUUAAAAAAAACCGACGAGUACGCCGCCGGCGUGUUUUUGCGUUUACGUUUCGUUGCUAUCGUUUGUUCUUUUUUUUAUAUCUGAUCACAUCUCUGUCUCCUUCGGCGUAUACACCUCUAUCUGUACGACGAGUGCGUCCGUCUAGUCGUUUGGUCGUGCGCGACCGUAACCGUCGUUUUCAUACCUGUAUCAUAUUUUUAAACAUAAAACCGUUUCGUUUUUGUAUCCAAAAUUGAGCGUUUGUGCGCGUCCGGUGUAUUCCUCGACCCCCGAGGAUGCUAUAACGGGUCGGAGACGUCUUGUAGCGUGGAUAUGGACCACAGGGAAUACGGAGAACGCGUAUCGCCGCCGUUGCCGUUGCCUCAGCAGCAGCAGCAGCAACAACAACAACAACAACAACAACAACAACAACAACAACAUCAACAACAGCAACACCAGCAGCAGCAGCAUCAACACCAACAACACCAACAACAGCAACAGCAUCAACAACAACCGCUUCCGCCCCCCGCCAACCACACUGAUCAGAAUGGAGAUCGUAUCGUCUGGGAGUUUCAUCAAGUCACUCUGAACCGUGUGCCCGGUUACGGGUUUGGAAUUGCAGUCAGCGGUGGCCGAGAUAAUCCUCAUUUUGCCAAUGGUGAUCCUUCAAUAGCAGUAUCCGAUGUAUUGAAGUCCGGUCCCGCCGAAGGAAAACUGAUGGUUAACGACAGGAUAAUGACCGCCAAUGGUGUGUCACUAGACAAUGUCGAAUACGGUACGGCUGUUGCAGUGCUGAGGGAAUGUGGCGAGAACGUAACAUUAUCGCUGAGACGUCGUCUAGUUUUGCCCUCAAACACGCCACACACGCUGCGCAUUCAUCUGAAUAAAACCAGGAAAAAAGACGAUUUCGGAAUCGUUUUGGGCAGCAGGAUAUUCAUCAAAGAAGGGACAAAAGGUGGUGAUAACAGCGUUCAGGAAGGUGACGUGUUGUUAAAGAUCAACAAUCAUUCGGUGGUGGAUGGCAUGACGCUCAAAGAAGCUAGGAGACUGAUCGAAUCGACCAAAGACAAACUGAGUUUGACCGUGCGACGGGAAGGGAGUGCCAACGGACAUGUCUUACAAUAUUCCGGUUCGUCCGAACCGACAUCUCUGCAUACGAAAGAAAACAACAACUACAUGGACGGUAUUAACGGUUCAGCGUAUCCAUCACAAAACUUGUAUGUACAGCCACCUAGUAGGAGUAUGUUGGAAGAAGCCAAAAGUAAUUUGGCGCCACGUGGACGGUCCCGUAACCCGCUAUUGGAUUCAGUUUCUCUGAGUCAAUUGGACAGACCCACAUCUGCUAUGGACAACAACACGUCUGCCAACAAUUUACAUAACGGUGAUCUGGGACCUACAUACAACCAUGGUCGUAGUAGAAGUGGUGCUGAAGAUCAUUCGGAACCUCCGCGACCGCCACCACCAAGACCCGAAGAUUAUUACAGCACAACUAGACAGUUUUAUGAAGAUACGUUACCUCAAAAAUCAAAACAUUUAAAGCCUGAUCCUCGGUUUAUUACAUUCCAAAAAGAAGGGUCAGUUGGCAUUCGUUUGACGGGUGGCAACGAAGUCGGUAUAUUUGUCACUGCUGUACAACCAGGAAGUCCUGCAUUCACCCAAGGUCUGCAACCAGGUGAUAAGAUAUUAAAAGUAAACGAUAUGGAUAUGAAAGGCGUGACUCGUGAAGAAGCUGUGCUAUUUUUGUUGAGCCUCCAAGAUCAAAUACAUCUUAUUGUUCAACACAGGCGCGAUCAAUAUGAACAAAUUAUGAACAAUCAACGAGGCGAUUCAUUUCAUAUCAAGACUCAUUUUGACUAUGAACAACCGAACAAAGGUGAAAUGAGCUUCUGUAAAGGUGAUGUGUUCCAUGUAAUGGACACAUUGCAUAAUGGUGUAGUUGGUUCCUGGCAAGUAUUCCGUAUUGGGAGAAACAAUCAAGAAGUCCAAAAAGGUAUAAUACCAAAUAAGGCUAGAGCGGAAGAACUAGCUACAGCACAGUUUAAUGCUACUAAGAAAGAAAUGAAUGCUUCAGAAAGUAAAGGGGGUUUCUUUAGACGCCGAAAACACAAUCACCGCAGAUCAAAAUCAUUGAGCAAGGAAAAUUGGGAUGAUGUGGUGUUUGGGGAUAGUAUAAGCAAGUUUCCAGCCUACGAAAAAGUGGUGUUGAGUCAUACUGGAUUUGUGCGACCAGUUGUUUUGUUUGGACCGAUAUCGGAUAUUGCUCGAGAAAAACUUACCAAAGACUUUCCUGACAAAUUCUUAUCUCCUCAACUUGAAAACAACACUACUGACGGUAGCAAGAAAAUCAGUGGUAUAAUACGGUUAAGUGCUAUUCGUGAUAUCAUGGACCGGGGGAAACAUGCCUUGUUAGAUGUCACUCCAAAUGCUGUAGACCGUUUAAACUAUGCUCAAUUUUAUCCUAUAGUCAUAAUGUUGCGAGCUGAUAACAAACAAGUGAUCAAGGAACUACGUGCUGGAUUACCAAAAACUGCACACAAGAGCAGUAAAAAGUUAUUAGAACAAUGUCAAAAAUUAGAAAAAGUGUGGUCGCAUGUAUUUACUUCAUCACUUACUCUAAAUGGUGGAGAUGCUUGGUAUCGCAAACUUCGAGAACUAAUCGAUAAGCACCAGAGUUCUCCUACUUGGGUCAGCGAGACUAAGCCUGAAGAAAAUCUGUCUGAUGAUUUGUUAUUCCCGAUGACCUCCUUACGUUUGUCAUAUGCAUCAUCUCCCGAAAGUGAUAUGGAGACUAGUAACACAACAUUAGCAUCCCCAACUUCUACUGCAGCAGCUAGUCCGUCUGCAAUUGGUUCAAGGCUAGUGAAAAGUUCAAGUGAUCCAAGCAUUACAACUCAGGAUGAUUCAGCCAUUCCUAACUAUAAUCCACCUCCGCCAUAUUCACCAUCAGUGUUUAAACAAGCAAGUUAUGAGCCUCCUCAAACAUUACGUAUGGCUGGUCCACCUACUCACACAACAUUAAUGGUAAACGGUAAUGGUCCUCCAGAUCUACCGCCUCGUGUUGAUAGAAACACAAAACCAAUGCAUGGAAAUCGUACUAAUGGUCAAAGGUCAGCCACAGACAGAUUAUUUAGUCCAAAUGGUAUAGAAGAUAUACCCAAUUAUAUAAAUGCAACUCCUCAUCAUCAGAGGACUCACACGAGCACUAGUAAACAAUUGUAUGAUAUGCACAAUAGCUAUGACAGUGUAUCGUCAUAUGAUAGUUAUGGUGUACGCAUGAAUGGGGGCAGCAAUGGUAGUGCUAACCUUACAACAACUUUGUGUUCAAACUCACAGGAUGAUCUUAAAUCAGGCAGUAAUAACACGUUAGGUAGACAUCAUGAUCCUUAUAGAUUUACUAGAUCAACUCAACAACCAGUUGACACGAAAAUAUCAGAUUAUCCAAAAUACAGACCUCCAGGUGGUACUUCUGGAGGUAUGAUUGAGUAUGCUACUAGUAAACCUCUGCCAUUGCCAAAAUCACCUCCACAACAACAAUCCUAUAAACCUGUACCACCUCCAAAACCUAAGAACUACAGACCACCAGUACAGCAACAACAACAACAACAACAGCAACAGCAACAUCAACAGCAAUAUUAUCAACCCCCUCCUGCUGGUUUCCAGCACUCAAAAUCAUUUAGCAUGGCAGAUAGUACAUAUUCAUCACAUAUGUCUAAUGGGAUGCCAUCAUCACCUAGCAAGUAUUCAUCGGAAUCAACUGACGUAAAUACUGCUGAUUCAGGUCAUGGUAGUAGCUUGGAUAGGGGUUAUGAUCGACGAGGUGGUAAUGGACAACAGCCUUCUCAACAGAUGGAUCGUAGCCAUAUAUACUACAAACACCAUAGAGAUCCAAAUACAUUAGAUUUAACACAACAUCGUGACCAACGAGGUAGCGCAUUUGAGUUAUAUAAGAAACCAUCAGUAGCUGGUGAUCAUAGAAUGUCAAAUGGAGGCGACUACAGAAUGUCAAAUGGUGAUCAUAGAAUGUCCAAUGGCGGUGAUCACAGAAUGCCAAAUGGUGGUGGACACUACAAUGUAGAUGCGCUUCGGUGACAACGACAGUAUCCGGUCAGGUUUUAAAGGUAAAUUGACCGGGUUCAAAUUGAGCAUAAACGCUUACCUACAUUUUAUCUCAUCGAAAAUUUUAUUUUAUUAUAUAAAUAUUUUAUAUUUAUAAGAUGUUCAUAAAUUUGUUUUUUCAAUUGAUGGACUGAUUGACAGUAAUUUAUUUUUAUUUUAUUUUAUUUUGUUAAGUCUUAUGUACAUUAUUUUUUAUUUAAUCAUAUUUUACUGAUAAGUAAAUUAAGUUGUUUGUUAUUAUUAUUACAAUUAUAAAUCAUAAUUUGUGUUGUCCAUUAAGAGUAAUUAAAUGAACAAAAAUUGAAGUAAUUUACAUAUUUUACACAUAAAAUGUGAAUUUAAUAUUAAAAAAAGUCUGAAAAUUUAAGCAUGCACUGAAUGUACAAACAGUGCCAUUCGGUUGAACAAAUUAAAAAUUGUCUGCCAAUUUACAUGGCUAAGUUAAUAAUAUUCAACCAUAAGAUUAAAUUUUAAAAAUAUAUUUCUAUACAUUUAUUUUUUGUUAAAAGUUAUAAAAAUGUUCAAAUGUUUGUGCCUUAUUUGUAUUUCUUGCCUUUCUAAUGUAUAAAAUAGUUAGGUACAUAAAAUACUUAUACACUAUUUUAUUUCUCCAAAAAAAUGGGAGAUUAAAAAUAUAUUUAAUAUUUUUGUGAUUUUAUACCAUUAUGGUUUUAUCUUAUAUUUUUUAUUCUUUAAGUUUUAAAUUACAAGUACGCUUUAAACAAUGUUAUUAAAAUAUUAUUAUUUGAUGUAUGAAUACUUUUAAUAGUUUCUAUUUAACUUAAGUAUUUAUCUAUAUAAGAUUUUUUUUAUUAUUACUAUGUUAAACUAUGCUUCAACUAUUAAUAAAUAUAUAUAUAUACUUAUGUAAUUAUGUUAUUAGAAUAAUUAAAUAUUUUUUCUGAUUAAUA